GUGGAGGGGCCCGUAAUGACCACCUUCAAGGCCGUGUUCAUUCCCGUAGCCUAUAGCCUCAUCUUCCUCCUGGGUCUGAUGGGCAACAUCCUGGUGCUGGUGAUCUUGGAGCGGCACCGGCAGACGCGCAGCUCCACCGAGACCUUCCUGUUCCACCUGGCCGUGGCCGACCUCCUGCUGGUCUUUAUCCUGCCCUUUGCGGUGGCCGAGGGCUCAGUGGGCUGGGUCCUGGGGACCUUUCUCUGCAAAACUGUGUUUGCUCUGCACAAGAUCAACUUCUAUUGCAGCAGCCUGCUCCUGGCCUGCAUUGCUGUGGACCGCUACUUGGCCAUCGUCCAUGCUGUCCACGCCUACCGCCACCGCCGCCUCCUCUCCAUCCACAUCACCUGCGCCACCAUCUGGCUGUCGGGCUUCAUCUUCGCCUUGCCAGAGAUUCUCUUCGCCAAGGUCAGCCAGCCCCAUCACAACGACUCCCUGCCACGCUGCACCUUCUCCCAAGAGAACCAAGCUGAAACCAACGCCUGGUUCAUCUCCCGCUUCCUCUACCACGUCGGGGGGUUCCUGCUGCCGAUGCUGGUGAUGGGCUGGUGCUACGUGGGGGUAGUUCACAGGCUGCGCCAGGCCCAGCGGCGCCCGCAGCGGCAGAAGGCGGUUAGAGUGGCCAUCCUGGUGACGAGCAUCUUCUUUCUCUGCUGGUCACCCUACCACAUCGUCAUCUUCCUGGACACCCUGGCGAGGCUGAAGGCCGUGGGCAACAGCUGCGAGCUGAACGGCUCUCUCCCCGUGGCCAUCACCACGUGCGAGUUCCUGGGCCUGGCCCACUGCUGCCUCAACCCCAUGCUCUACACUUUUGCCGGCGUGAAGUUCCGCAGUGACCUGUCUCGGCUGCUGACCAAGCUGGGCUGUGCUGGCCCUGCCUCCCUGUGCCAGCUCUUCCCCAGUUGGCGCAAGAGCAGUCUCUCUGAGUCAGAGAAUGCCACCUCCCUCACCACCUUCUAG